GCUCUGAGGCUUGCAAAGCUCGUGAGUUGGCCUUGUAGGAUCUCCUGCUUGUGGUUGGGGGCCCUUGGCAUGGCCAGGGACUGGGUCUAGGGGACUGUUUUCUUCCCAGGCUGCAGCCCUGAUAACAGGCUUUAUUUACCUGGCAAAACACAAACAAAUACUUGCUUCAUUUGCACUUUUGCAGCUGGAACAAGGAAGUCCAGCAGGAGCUGCCCAGCACUGGCUGUGUUUUAGGUCGGCGUGGCCCUGCUGGGUAGGGACUGGCCUUCUCCGGGUCUCGCUGGAAGGGAAGGGGGACACCGAGGGCCCGGAGUGGCAUUCCGGACAUUUGGAGCACCUGUGUGAAGUGCCCCUGGCUGCCACUGCGGGUGGCCAUUGGAUGAGGCUUAGGAAAGACAGCAGUUGCUUAUCCAUUGUGCUGUCUGGGAGGGGCACGUCCCUGUCCUUGUCCCUGUCCCGCCGAGACUUUCACUGGUUUGUGUUCCCGGGACCUAUUGAGGAGGGAAGUAAAGCCGCCGCUGUGGACAAGUUACUGGCUGGAGACGAGAUCGUGGGCAUCAAUGACAUUGGACUCUCAGGGUUUCGGCAGGAAGCCAUUUGCCUGGUGAAGGGGUCCCACAAGACCCUGAAGCUGGUGGUAAAAAGGAGGAACGAGCUGAGCUGGCGGCCUCACUCCUGGCACGCCACCAAGUUCUCCGACGGCCACGGCGAGGCGUCCGCCUGUCCGCUGUCCUCCGCUGGCGCCUGCCCCUCUUGGCACGGCCGACACCACGCCAGCUCGUCCUCCCAGGACCUGUCGGGUGCAUGGGAGCCCACGAGCCUGCAGCGCACCUCGGGCCACUCCAGCUCCCUGGGCAGCGUGGACAGCCUGGACCAGCCCUCACAGCCCUACGCCUCCGGCCGCCUCUCGGCAGCCAAGUCCAACAGCAGCAUCGACCACCUGGGCGGCCGGAGCAAGCGGGACUCGGCCUACGGCUCCUUCUCCACCAGCUGCAGCACGCCCGACCACACCUUGCCCAAGGCGGACGCCUCCUCCACGGAGAACAUCCUCUGCGCGGUGGGGGUGUGGGAGGCCCCCCGGCCGGCCGGCGGCCGCCAGGACACUCCUGGCCUGGAGUGUGGGCUCGGGCCCUGGGCGCCCAGGGUGGCUCGUGACAGCAGCAGGAGCCCCAGGCCCCAGGACGGGCCGGAGCCCAAGCUGCCUGCGUCGGGGAGGGCCAGCCUCGGGCCCGUCUGGUAUGUUCCAGAGAAGAAGAAGGCCCCCGCUUCCCCGCCGCCGCCCCCACCCCCGCUGCGCAGCGAUAGCUUCGCGGCCACCAAGAGCCACGAGAAGGCCCAGGGCCCUGCGUUCGCAGAGGCCGCCGCCGCCCAGCACUGGGCGGGUCUGGCGCGGGCUCAGCCCCGCGGCGACUGGGGAGCAGAGCCCGCUGAGGCCCAGCGCUGGCCCGCACGCCCCGGAGAUGGCCGGCGGCGACCGGGCAGCUCCGGCUGUGCAGCCGACGCGCACCUAGACUGCGGGGGGCGGUCCGCCAGCCCCGGGGCCGCGGGCCGGCUGCAGGCUUCUCUGUCCAGCACCGACGUGCGCUUCCCGCCGACCCCCUACGGCUGCCAGCACCUGCGCCAGUCCAGCGACCAGAGUCCCUUCUCGCACGAGGGCCCCGGGGCCACCACGGCGCAGGGAGGGCAGCUGCGCGGGGUCCUUGCCGCGGCGCUUCGGCCGGAGGUUCCCGCCCAGCGCUUUCUGGAAGACCAGCCCUCCCAGGCCAGGUGGCCGCAUGCUGCUGACCGGAAGGGGGACAGCGGUGGGCAGAGCCACCAGCGCGCCAUCACUGCAAGACAGGGCCUUCCGGGGGGCCCUCAGCUGUCGCAGCUCCGGGAGGGCUAUUGGCGUUGCGGGUCGCCUCUGGGUGCCCUGGACGGUCCCGCCACGCAGCCGGCGGGCCAGAAGCCCCGCGGUCACUUCCCACAGCACGAGGGUGCGCAGGAGAGGGCUGACGCAGGGGACAGAGCGGCGGGCGGCUGCUCCUCGGGGAUGGAGGGGCCCCCGGGGGCCAGGCACGGCGACCGCACCAGCCGGAAGCAAGUGGCGGACGCCUUCCAGUGGGCCGACGGGGACAGCGGCAAGAUCUCCGCUCACAAGACACCCCUGCUGCACUCGCUGACCCAGGAGGGCCGGGAAGGGGGCCCCGAGAGGCCGCCACCCUUCGACGCCCAGGUGGGCAAGCCCACGCGGAGGAGCGACCGGUUCGCCACCACGCUGCGCAACGAGAUCCAGCAGCGGCGAGCGAAGCUGCAGAAGAGCAAGAGCACCGUGGCGCUGGCUGGGCCCAACGGCGAGGCCGAGGGCGAGGCUGGCGGCUGGCGCGGGGCCGCCGCCCCAGGACCCGCUUUCCUGGGCACCUAUAAGGACCACCUGAAGGAGGCACAGGCCCGCGUCCUCCGGGCCACGUCGUUUAAGCGCCGCGACUUGGACCCCAGCCCCGCGGAGCCGUACGCGGGGUCCCCGGAACCCAGGGCCGGGAGCCACCACCGCCCGGAGCCCACCGCGGGGCCCCGCGCCUGGGAGGCGGGCCCGGCCCGGCCGCCCUCCUGCGCAGGUGGCGCGCCCCACGUGGCCCGCAUCGGGGGCCGCAGGCGGUUCUCGGCGGAGCAGAAGCUGAAGUCGUACUCCGAGCCCGAGAAGAUGAAUGAGGUGGGGCUCUCCGGGGGUCGCCGCCCCCGCCCGCCCCCCGAGGACGCCGUGGGCACCUUCGCAGACAGGUGGAAGUUUUUCGAGGAAACCAGCAGGCCACUGGCGCAGAGGGCCUGCCCGAGGCAGGUGCUCCCCGCGGGCCCGCGGGAGAGGCUGGACAGGCCGUGGGCCACCGCCCACGGGGACCAGGGCCCCGAGCUCCGGCCCCAGGAGAGGUCCCGCACCACCUCCUUCGGAGAAGGCGCUGGCGGCGCCAGGAAGGCGGCGACAGCGGCAGCGCCGCAGCGGCUGGGAACCUUUGCCGAGUACCAGGCCUGCUGGAGGAUGCAGGGGAGAGGCCCGGACGCCAGGGCCUCGGGCCGGUACCACUCGGCCGACGACAUCCUGGAUGUGAGCCUGGGCCCGCGCGAGCGCCUGCAGCACUUGCACGAGCGCUCGCGGUCCUCGCCGUCCACAGAGCUCUACACACAGGAAGCUCCCGUCGAGCCGCGGCGACAAGCAGAGGACUCUGGGGAGCACACAGAACUGGUCUCCGCAGUCCAGGACGAGGAGCCGUGUCCGGCCCCAAGACGAGCAGACGCCCAGGAUCCGGAACUCAGUGCAGCAGCAUGCCGGGCCCCGCGGCACCCGGCCCGGGGCUCUGAGCCGUCCCAUGCCCAGGACGCGGCGGAGGCGCCCCACGAGGGCCGCAGCAGAGCGGGGACCCUCCCCUGUGACUACAGAUACUCAGAGGACCGCAGCCCUGCACACGUCCUGUUGCCACCGCCAGGCCCAGGAUCCCAGACGCACAGCAGCCCCCCAGCCCCGCACACGCGGGGGCUGGACCCCCGGCCUCUGAGUGCCUCGUCCCUCGCCAAGCGCCCGGCUCCACAGAGGCCGCCGCCACCCAAGCGCGAGCCGAGACAUUUCAGGGGACCGGCCGGUGCCGUUCCCCCAGGCGCACCUGUGGGCGCACCUGCGGCCAAUCACCUGGCUGCACCUGGCAGGCCCCUUCCCCCGCCGUCACCUGAGGCCCUGGAGGUGUGCGUGGACCGCCUGUCUCUCUCCUGCAGCCCCCGUGCCUUGGCGGAGAGGCCGAGUGGCAGCCAGCACGCAGACGCCCCAAAGCCCGCUGUGGACCCAGACUCUCAGCAUGUAGAAGAGCACCCAGCCUGCCCUCGGCGGGAAGCCCUGCCCCCGUCCAGGGUCCGGCCCCUGCCGCUGUCCAGCAUGGAGACCUCUCGCUCCCCUUCUCCUCAGUUCGCCCCCCAGAAGCUGACGGACAAACCCCCCCUGCUCAUCCAGGAUGACAGUUCGGCCAGCAGGAUCGAGCGGGUGAUCGACAACACCACGGUGAAGAUGGUGCCCAUCAAGAUCGUGCACUCGGAGAGCCAGCCUGAGAAGGAGAGCCGCCAGGGCCUGGCGCGCGCCCCCGCCGAGCCGCCCGCGCUGCCCAGCGGGCUGGAGCGGGACCAGAUCAAGACGCUCAGCACGUCGGAGCAGUCCUACUCACGCUUCUGCCUGUACAGCCGCCCGGGCGCCGAGCCGGAGCCCCGUGCCCAGCCGCCUGCAGCGCCCGGUGCCCCCGACGGCCGCGCCUCCCCGCCCGCGCUCAGCUACGUGAAGGCCAGAGAGCGGACGGCGGAGGACCUGAAGUCGGAGGAGCUGGCCCGGGAGAUCGUGGGCAAGGACAAGUCCCUGGCCGACAUCCUGGACCCCGGCGUGAGGAUGAAGACCACCAGGGACCUCAUGGCGGGCAUCUUCCCCCAGGACCAGCACCUGCUGGAGGAGGCUCAGCAGCGCAGGAAGCUGCUGCCCAAGGUCCCCUCGCCCAGAACCACGGAGGAGAAGAGAGAGGAGCCGAGCGCGCCGGCAGCCGCGUUCCUGGCCACCAACUCCACCUACUACAGCACGUCGGCCCCCAAGGCGGAGCUGCUGAUCAAGAUGAAGGAUCUGCAGGAGCAGCAGGAGCCCGAAGACGAUUCGGGGAGCGACUUGGACCAUGACCUGUCUGUGAAGAAGCAGGAGCUCAUUGACAGCAUCAGCCGCAAGCUGCAGGUGCUGCGGGAAGCCCGCGAGAGCCUGCUGGAGGACAUCCAGGCCAACAACGCCCUCGGGGACGAGGUGGAGGCCAUCGCCAAGGACGUCUGCAAGCCCAACGAGUUCGACAAGUUCCGGAUGUUCAUCGGGGACCUGGACAAAGUGGUCAACCUCCUGCUGUCCCUGUCCGGUCGUCUGGCCCGGGUGGAGAACGCCCUCAACAAUUUGGACGACAGUACUUCUCCUGGUGACCGGCAGUCACUGCUGGAGAAGCAGCGGGUGCUGACCCAGCAGCACGAGGACGCCAAGGAGCUGAAAGAGAACCUGGACCGCCGGGAGCGCGUCGUGCUGGACAUCCUGGCCAGCUACCUGAGCGAGGACAGCCUGGCGGACUACGCCUACUUCGUGAAGAUGAAGUCGGCCCUCAUCAUCGAGCAGCGGGAGCUGGAGGACAAGAUCCACCUGGGCGAGGAGCAGCUCAGGUGCUUGGUGGACAGCCUGCAGCCCGACAGGGGCAAGUGACACGGGCGUCCCCGGCGGGGCGCGGACACGGGGCCUCGGCGCUGCGGUCCCCGGGCUGCAAGCCUGUAUUUGUGUCUCGCAGCCAGAACCGUCCCGUGGCGAAGCGGCCCCGAGGGAAGCAGUGACUCCUGUGUGUGCUCGGGGUGACUUACGGAAGCUGCUGUUUUCCCUUGAGCACAUGGAGCCCCGUGGCUCCUGGUCGGCUGUUCUCCUUCCCAAGGAACCAGAGGUGGCGCCGGUCUGGGGUUCGCGGCAGUUUCUGGGCUGCAGCCUUGGGCUCCGGGGCUGUCGUGCAUGAGGCCUGGUGGGUGGUGGUCGGUGGGUCCCGCCUCUGGCCACCACUGCUGAACCAGCCUCUUGGGAAGCGAAGGAGGGCGCAUGCAGGGUGCCCGGCGGCAGCACAGCCCUGGUCCCCGUCUCCUCCUGGGACUCCUCCGGGCCACAGGUUGCCCCUUUCAUCCACCUUUGUCCAGAAGCAUUGGUGUUCCUUGUCUCUCUCUGUCAUGGUGUGCCCUGACCUGGCAGAGUCCCUGAUGACGAUCGUAAUUUAUUAACACGUUACAAAGGUGACUACUUUGCCAGUGGUGCAAAACCAACUGUGAAAUGCAUAUGCUGUGUGUUGGGUUUCCUCAUGCUAACCCUGCAGCACAGAUUGUGAGCAUGCUUUAACACGCGUGCACGGGGCGGAGACCUUCCGCCCGCCUGCCCUGGAGGCACGGGGUGGAUGUUUCCCUGCGGUGUUCAGUGACGUGGAACGUGUAUCUGGCCGUCUUGUGCUCGCUCAGUAUUUGUCUCAUGAGACCAGCAGGAUGUUUCUUAAGUUCCUUUUCCCCCAGAACAGUUAUCUUGUGUGGGUACGGUCCCGUUCGUGGUGACCGGCUACUCUCCUAUUUUCCUGUCUUUAAAUUGACCAGCAUGCCGUGAAGGCUCCGGUCCGUUUCCUAUAAGAGCCCAGGCUCCGGUUUUUUAGAGGUCCCGUCACCGGAACAAGCCCACCACCGAGUUUACAGCCUCUGUGCCCUGUGUGCGGGUUGAAACAGCAAGAUUCUAAAGAGAAUCUGUUCACUUAAAACACACAACAAAACAAAAACACCACUGUGCUGUCCAUGUCUAGUGGACAAGUCACCAGCUGGGAGAGAAUAUUGGCCAAUCACGCAUGUGACAAAGGAACUGUCUCCAGAAUACGUAAAGGAUUGUAUUAAAGCUCUAGCCUCCGAGAGAAACAGCCCCAGUGAAUUGUGGGCAAAAGAUUCCACCACAGAGGACCAGCCACCGGCUUGGUGGGAGCUUCCUGGCUCCCACCUAAAUCACCGUAGAACCUGUGCGUGCUUCCAUGCGACCACAUGCGUGGUUAAUGGCGGGGGAACCCCUGGGAUGAGUUCAUGCGAAGGUAGCAUUUGGACAUUUGCUGGAUGGAGGGAUUGUUUCCAUAAAAGAAGUUUUCCAGCAGGUGGGGAGGCAUCUGUGUCCGGGGGGACCGCCGCCUUACCAGAACGCACACGCGCAGAAAUGUCUCAGGGCAUGUGUCCGUCCUUCAGGCGCCGGAGAGGCGGAGCCGGACUCCCGUGCCCACGUCCUCAGCUGUGCAGAGUGGUCUGCACGGGCAUGCCCUGCUAGCACAGGCGAUAAGUCUCUCUUUGGCACCCGCUCCACCCCGAAAAGACAAAUGCCUUUCCAGACGUCUUCACUCCCACUGGAUGAAGCUCUGUGACUUGAACGACCCGCCCAGGAAGUGUCCUCUGUUUGCACGGUGGCCUCUGGCUCUGAAGACUGGCCGUGCCACAAAAGGUCCAGCUGCCUGUUCGUGGACCUCCCUGCGUCUCCCUCCCCCGGGGAGGCCACCACCCUCAUUUCCGUGUGUUCGCUUUUUAAUUUAGACCAAGGUUUUAUCUGUGACACCUUCCCCUCGCAUACAGUAUUGUGCUGGUUUUGAUGCUGUCUGUGUCCCGUGUGACUAAGAGUUUGUGUGUCUGUACCCAGCCUUUGAUGUGUCCCGAGCACUUUCUCGUACGUGGCGACAUGGAGUGCUGUUCCCCUGUUUGCCUGUUCAGUGUUGGGGUGGGGGUGGGACCCAAAGAUUCCGGCGAGUUGAUGUAUAUACGUGAUGUUGUACAUAGUUCCAUGAUUGCCUGGAAAACCCAUCUGGUGCUACUGUCCGCCACUGGCGUUCCUGGCGGGGCAGGGGGCUGCGUCCUGAGCCCGUGGCAUCGCCCCACUGUGGAAUGCUCCGAUUCCGGGCGGCCCCGCGCCUGCGGUUCACCGUGGGUCGCGUGUGCAGGGGUCGCGCCCGACACUUACCUCUCUCAACACAUCGUCCUGCUUGACCUUCACGAAAUAAAUAGUGUCUCCGAGUG